AUGGCUGCAGCUACUGGAAACACCGGCUGGGCCCAGCUGCGGCAACAGGCAAGAAGUCUAGAAACACAGACAGAGACGCUAUUCCACACCUACUCUCAGUUCUCGACGGUAUCCGACAUCCCGGCAAAGCCCACAGAAGAAGAAAGGACCACAGAGGCGAAGCUCCAAGAUCUCCUCGAAAAACGCGAGAACGUCAUUUCACAAUUAUCCCGCCUCCUCGAUUCAGAAGCUGCUCUCACCUCAUCCGCUCUGAAACAGAACAACCUGGCUCUCCUUCGUGAGAAGCUCGCCGAGCAUAAGCGCGAUCUCGUGCGCCUGCGCAAAACCAUUUCCGAGGCUCGCGAUCGCGCCCACCUUCUUACGAACGUUCGCUCCGACAUCGACGAAUACCGUGCCAAUAACCCCGAAAACGCCGAGGCCGAGUACAUGCUUGCUGAGCGCAGCCGCAUCGAUAAUAGUCACAACAUGGCUGAUAGCGUCUUGUCCCAGGCAUACGCUGUCCAGGACAGCUUCAAUAUCCAGCGCGAGACACUCGCCAGCAUCAACCGUCGUAUCACCAUGGCUGCCAGCCAGGUACCGGGGUUGAACAGUCUCAUUAGCCGUAUCUCAGCUAAGAAGCGCCGGGACGGCAUCAUAAUGGGCGCAUUCAUUGCGUUUUGCUUCCUGAUGUUCUGGUGGUUCUUGUAA